AUGACGAAGUAUGUUUACAUUGAAGGAAAGAAAUUCUUUAAUAUGGCCACUUCUAAUUUUUUGGGAUUGAUUGGUGAAAAACGGAUUGAGGAAACUGCUAAGAAAACGAUUCUUAAGUACGGUGUGGGUUCCUGUGGACCGCGUGGAUUUUAUGGCACUGUAGAUGUCCACCUUGAACUAGAAACCGACUUGGCAAAGUACGUUUCGCAUGAAGCGGUGCUCUACAGUUACGGUUUUGCCACCGUAGCUAGUGCUAUUCCCGCUUACGCAAAAAAAGGAGACGUAAUCUUUGUCGAUAAAGGUGUCAACUUCGCUAUUCAAAAAGGAUUGCAGGCAUCUAAAAGUCGUAUUGAGUGGUUUAAUCACAAUGAUAUGGACGACUUUGAACGACUUCUUCAGGAACAGGCGCUCAUAGACAAGAAGAAUCCGAGUAAGGCCGAAAGGAUUCGUCGCUUCGUGGUGGUUGAGGGUUUAUAUGCAAAUAGUGCAGAUCUCUGUCCAUUGCCUCGUAUAAUGGAUUUAAAAUGGAAAUAUAAGGUGCGUGUAUUCAUCGAUGAAAGCUGGUCAUUUGGAGUGAUCGGAAAGACUGGGCGAGGUAUGUGA